GAAAGCAUUAAUUAUGUGAAUGCAUUGCAGCUCAACAGCAAAGGAAUGGCACUUCUAAGGUCUGCUAGAUUGAAACCGUCCAUGUGGAUAUCGCUUUGCAUGAAUCGAGCCAUCCUUGAAGCCAUCCAUCCGUCCAGCAAGACAAACACAUCGCAUACACAUGAAUGAGUCGUUCCACACAAGGACCACCGACAGCAGCAAGGAACACAUUGGCGCCAACGUGUACACGCCAUUGCAGCUCACAUGCAACACACCCUUUGCUAUACAUCGCACUUCUCUUUGCUUUCCAUACUACAUCUCGUUUGCUUGGAUGUGUCUCGUUGAUCAUGCCAUGAGGGUCACGCCGUUCUUGCCGCCGCGUGGCGUUGUAGCGGCCGUCGACGAGCCCGACACACAUGAGGCCUUGGAGGGCUGCACCACAGCCUUGGCGCCAACCUGAGGCACAGGACAAGUCAUUGAAGAACGAAUGCAUUGCAAAACGACACAUUGAUGGCCCCGCCUGUGCGGAUGUACCUGGUUGAUGUCCGUGGGAGUGUCCUUGACCUUCUUGCCAUCCUCCCCGUUGCAUGCACAGCCGUCCUUGUCGGCACCGUUCGUCGCCGCCGCCAUCAUCGCCAUGGCGUUGCGGCGCUUCAUGAGGGUAGAUCCGGCUAUGGGGCCCAAUGUAAUGUCGGUGCGGUGCAGCGACAGGUUGAGCCGCGAGAACGUGGGGAUGUGGGGCGUCAGCGGGCUCUCACACUCAGCCGCCAUCGGUGCUGUGGGGCGAAUACAGAGUUCGAGUGAUGGGAACCAACGAAAGUUGAUAAGAGAGAGCGAAAGCAGCCAAAAGGGACACAAUUGAACCGCGAGAACGUCAAGCCCCACUUCG